AUGAAUCAAAAAAUUUCAUUUGACGGGAAUGUUUAUGAGUUUCAUGACGAUGAUCUUCCAUACGAAGAAGAAAUUCUCCGCAAUCAACACUCGGUGAGACACUGGUUGCGGUACCUGGACCACCUGAAGUCCACCAAAAGCACAAACUUAAGCAUUGUAUAUGAGCGUUCUUUAAAAGAGCUCCCCGGAAGUUACAAACUAUGGUAUGGAUACUUGAGCCACCGGGUGAGUCAGUUAAAAAAUCGUCGACUAGAUGAUCCGUUGUACGAAGACGUGAACAACGCCUUUGAACGGGCGUUGAUUUUCAUGCAUAAAAUGCCCCGUAUUUGGAUCGACUACUGCACAUUGAUGACCGAGCAGUGCUUUGUCACGAGAACUAGACACAUAUUCGACCGGGCUUUGCGAGCUCUCCCGAUCACCCAACACCACCGUAUCUGGCCUUUAUAUUUAGACUUCGUCAAGAGCCAUGACAUCCCUGAGACCGGCAUCAGAGUCUUCAGGAGGUACCUCAAGCUCGCUCCAGAAGACACAGAAGAUUAUAUUGAAUAUUUAAUUUCAAUCGGCCGCUUAGAUGAAGCUGCUAUCAAGCUUGCCCACAUCGUCAACCAAGAUGACUUCAUCUCCAAGCACGGAAAGUCGAACCACCAGCUCUGGAACGAGCUUUGCGAUUUGAUCUCCAAAAAUCCGGACAAAAUCAAGUCGCUCAAGGUCGACCCGAUCAUCAGAGGUGGUCUCAGGCGGUACACUGACCAAGUAGGCUCUCUCUGGAACUCCCUAGCCGAUUACUACAUCCGCAGCGGCUUGUUUUUGAAAGAGCCAGAGACAUUUACGAGGAAGCGAUUCAAACUGUUUCAACAAGACUUCACCCAGGUUUUCGACGCUUACUCGCAGUUCGAAGAAAUAUCGACGAAAAAACGCAUGGAAGAAGUCAGCAAAAACCCCAACAGGACUGAAGACGACGAAGUGGAGCUAGAUCUACGGCUCGAGAGAUUCGAGUACCUCAUGGAGCGAAGACCUUUGCUUCUCAACUCAGUUCUGCUGAGACAGAACCCUCACAAUGUUCCUGAGUGGCACAAGCGCGUAAAACUCUACGAAGGGCAGCCUCAUGAAAUAAUAAACACUUUUACAGAAGCAGUCCAGACAGUGAAGCCUCAAUUAGCUGUUGGAAAAUUUCGCACCCUCUGGGUGGUCUUUACAAAGUUCUAUGAAGAAAACGGACAGUUGUCUGAUGCGAGAGUGGUCUUUGAACAGGCCACUCAUGUUCCGUAUACCAAAGUUGAUGAUCUAGCUUCUGUGUGGUGCGAGUGGGCGGAGAUGGAGCUUCGUCACUUCACUGGCAAUCGCCCGGAGGAAGCUAUGAAAUUGAUGCAUCGCGCCACUGCGAUGCCGUCCAGGAAAGUCGGGUACUACGACGAGACAGAGACGGUUCAGAUGAGGUUGUACAAGUCCUUGAAGGUUUGGUCGAUGUACGCUGACCUGGAAGAGACUUUUGGGACUGUUAAAACCUGCAAGGCUGUAUAUGAUAAUAUAAUUGAUCUGAAAAUAGCUACGCCUCAGAUUAUCAUCAACUAUGGGAUGUAUUUGGAGGAUCAGAAGUACUUUGAAGAGGCUUUCAGAGCUUAUGAGAAAGGAAUUGCGAUGUUCAAGUGGCCGAAUGUCUUCGAUAUCUGGAACACUUAUUUGGUUAAAUUUUUGAACAGGUAUAAGGGAUCAAAAUUAGAACGGACACGUGAUUUGUUUGAACAAUGUUUAGAACAUUGUCCGCCAAAAUAUGCGAAAGUGUUUUAUUUAUUGUACGCGAAGCUCGAAGAAGAAUAUGGACUUGCUAGACACGCGAUGAAUGUUUAUGAUCGCGCUAUCAAAGCUGUGCCUACUGAAGAGAAGUUCGAGUUAAAGUCGCUGAGAUUUACGGCAUGCCCAAGACCAGGGAAAUUUAUACCCAAGCUAUUGAGGUCCUUCCUGAAGACGUCCCGAGAAAUGUCGCUGAGGUUCGCGGAGAUGGAGACCAAGCUUGGUGAAGUUGAUCGAGCUAGGACUAUUUAUAUUCAUUGCAGUGAAAUUUGUGACCCGCGAGUUACUUCGAGGUUCUGGCAGAUUUGGAAGGAGUUCGAAGUCCGUCAUGGAAACGAGGAAACGAUGCGUGAGAUGCUGAGGAUCAAGAGGAGUGUACAGGCGAUGUAUAACACUCAGAUUAACAUGAUGACCGCGCAGAUGCUAAACAGUACCACUCCGACGGAAAAUACUGUUGAUGCGAUGAGACUGCUGGAUAUGAAGGCUGCUGAUUCUGAAGAAGCUCCGCAAGGAAAUGCACCAGCUCCUCCAAGAGGCACGAUAAACUUCGUCAGAAGUGUCACCGAGGGAGGAAAGGAUGAUGGAAAGGUGAAAAAUCCGGAUGAGAUUGAAUUGGAUCUUGACAGCGAAGAAGAGACAGAGGAGAUUGAAGAGGAAGAAGUUCCCGUGGAAAAACAGGCGAUUCCUUCGGAAGUUUUUGGAGGGUUGAAGCCUCAUGACGAUGAUCUUCCAUACGAAGAAGAAAUUCUCCGCAAUCAACACUCGGUGAGACACUGGCUGCGGUACCUGGACCACCUGAAGUCCACCAAAAGCACAAACUUAAGCAUUGUAUAUGAGCGUUCUUUAAAAGAGCUCCCCGGUAGUUACAAACUGUGGUAUGGAUACUUGAGCCACCGGGUGAGUCAGUUGAAAAAUCGUCGACUAGAUGAUCCGUUGUACGAAGACGUGAACAACGCCUUUGAACGGGCGUUGAUUUUUAUGCAUAAAAUGCCCCGUAUUUGGAUCGACUACUGUACAUUGAUGACCGAGCAGUGCUUCAUCACGAGAACUCGACACAUAUUUGACCGGGCUUUGCGAGCUCUCCCAAUCACCCAACAUCACCGUAUCUGGCUUUUGUAUUUAGACUUCGUCAAGAGCCAUGACAUCCCUGAGACCGGCAUCAGAGUCUUCAGGAGGUACCUCAAGCUCGCUCCAGAAGACACAGAAGAUUAUAUUGAAUGUUUAAUUUCAAUCGGCCGCUUAGAUGAAGCUGCUAUCAAGCUUGCCCACAUCGUCAACCAAGAUGACUUCAUCUCCAAGCACGGAAAGUCGAACCACCAGCUCUGGAACGAGCUUUGCGAUUUGAUCUCCAAAAAUCCGGACAAAAUCAAGUCGCUAAAGGUCGACCCGAUCAUCAGAGGCGGUCUCAGGCAGUACACUGACCAAGUAGGCUCCCUCUGGAACUCCCUAGCCGAUUACUACAUCCGCAGCGGCUUGUUUUUGAAAGAGCCAGAGACAUUUACGAGGAAGCGAUUCAAACUGUUUCAACAAGACUUCACCCAGGUUUUCGACGCUUACUCGCAGUUCGAAGAAAUAUCGGCGAAGAAACGCAUGGAAGAAGUCAGCAAAAACCCCAACAGGACUGAAGACGACGAAGUGGAGCUAGAUCUACGGCUCGAGAGAUUCGAGUACCUCAUGGAGCGAAGACCUUUGCUUCUCAACUCAAAUCCUCACAAUGUUCCUGAAUGGCAUAAGCGUGUGAAACUCUACGAAGGGCAGCCUCAUGAAAUAAUCAACACUUUUACAGAAGCAGUCCAGACAGUGAAGCUUCAAUUAGCUGUUGGAAAAUUUCACACCCUCUGGGUGGCCUUUGCAAAGUUCUAUGAAGAAAACGGACAGUUGUCUGAUGCGAGAGUGGUCUUUGAACAGGCCACUCAUGUUCCGUAUACUAAAGUUGAUGAUCUGGUUUCUGUGUGGUGCGAGUGGGCGGAGAUGGAGCUUCGUCACUUCACUGGCAAUCGCCCGGAGGAAGCUAUGAAAUUGAUGCAUCGCGCCACUGCGAUGCCGUCCAGGAAAGUCGGGUACUACGACGAGACAGAGACGGUUCAGAUGAGGUUGUACAAGUCCUUGAAGGUUUGGUCGAUGUACGCUGACCUGGAAGAGACUUUUGGGACUGUUAAAACCUGCAAGGCUGUAUAUGAUAAUAUAAUUGAUCUGAAAAUAGCUACGCCUCAGAUUAUCAUCAACUAUGGGAUGUAUUUGGAGGAUCAGAAGUACUUUGAAGAGGCUUUCAGAGCUUAUGAGAAAGGAAUUGCGAUGUUCAAGUGGCCGAAUGUCUUCGAUAUCUGGAACACUUAUUUGGUUAAAUUUUUGAACAGGUAUAAGGGAUCAAAAUUAGAACGGACACGUGAUUUGUUUGAACAAUGUUUAGAACAUUGUCCGCCAAAAUAUGCGAAAGUGUUUUAUUUAUUGUACGCGAAGCUCGAAGAAGAAUAUGGACUUGCUAGACACGCGAUGAAUGUUUAUGAUCGCGCUAUCAAAGCUGUGCCUACUGAAGAGAAGUUCGAGUUAAAGUCGCUGAGAUUUACGGCAUGCCCAAGACCAGGGAAAUUUAUACCCAAGCUAUUGAGGUCCUUCCUGAAGACGUCCCGAGAAAUGUCGCUGAGGUUCGCGGAGAUGGAGACCAAGCUUGGUGAAGUUGAUCGAGCUAGGACUAUUUAUAUUCAUUGCAGUGAAAUUUGUGACCCGCGAGUUACUUCGAGGUUCUGGCAGAUUUGGAAGGAGUUCGAAGUCCGUCAUGGAAACGAGGAAACGAUGCGUGAGAUGCUGAGGAUCAAGAGGAGUGUACAGGCGAUGUAUAACACUCAGAUUAACAUGAUGACCGCGCAGAUGCUAAACAGUACCACUCCGACGGAAAAUACUGUUGAUGCGAUGAGACUGCUGGAUAUGAAGGCUGCUGAUUCUGAAGAAGCUCCGCAAGGAAAUGCACCAGCUCCUCCAAGAGGCACGAUAAACUUCGUCAGAAGUGUCACCGAGGGAGGAAAGGAUGAUGGAAAGGUGAAAAAUCCGGAUGAGAUUGAAUUGGAUCUUGACAGCGAAGAAGAGACAGAGGAGAUUGAAGAGGAAGAAGUUCCCGUGGAAAAACAGGCGAUUCCUUCGGAAGUUUUUGGAGGGUUGAAGCCUGUUGAAGAAAUGGAGCAAGAUUAA